AUGUCCAAAUACAUUCAACGUUUAAACAUGGAAGGAUUUAAAUGGAGACGUGAAUAUGUUAAACUAUUACAAGCAUGUCUUGGUGCUACACAAACAGAUCCACAUCAUCGAUUAAUGUUUAGUGAUUAUGGUAAAGAUCGAUAUAAAAAUUUAGUCAGUGAACUAUUGGAUGAAGCAAGACGUAAAGAUCCAAGUUUACCAACAAUGAUUAAUUGUCAACAACUAUAUGACUUUUAUACACGUCAAUUAUCUGGUGGGGAUGAAAAUUUCUAUCGUUGGACUGAACUUUUAACCCAAGCAAAUAGAGAAUUGACGAGAGCUGAUUUAGAAGUUCUUUGUCGUUCUGGUAUACCUAUUCCAUAUCGUGAAGGUGUAUGGCGUAUGUUAAUUCAUGGUGAAUUACAUCAAUUAAUGCAAAUUAAGGGACCAUUGUAUUAUAAUGGACUUUUAGAAGAAUUCAGUGAAAAUACACUUGCAGCUCAACAUAGACGUCAAAUCUCACUUGAUUUAUUGAGAACUAUGCCAAAUAAUGUACAAUUUGAUAAUAUUGACGCGCCUGGGGUACAAAAACUUCAAGAAGUUUUACAGGCUUAUAGUAUACAUAAUUCUAAAAUUGGUUAUUGUCAGGGUAUGAAUUUUAUAGCAGCUGUUGCAUUGUUAUUCUUAAGAAAAGAAGAUGCUUUCUGGUGUUUAAUUGCUAUAUUGGAACGAUUUUUACCGGAGAAUUACUUUAAUUCUGGUUUAAUUGAUGCACAAGUUGAUCAACUUGUAUUAAAAGAAAUAGUAAAUGAAAAACUACCACGUCUAUCAUCACAUUUAAAACGAUUAGGUAUUGAUAUAUCUGCAGUGACAUUAAAUUGGUUUUUAGCUGUAUUCUAUGAUUCUGUACCAUUUGAAACAUUGAUACGAAUUUGGGAUGUGUUUCUUCUAGAAGGUUCAGAAACAUUGUUUCGAUUUGCAGUGGCAAUUCUUAAACGUAAUCAAGAUAUGCUAUUGGAACAAAGUGAUACAAUCAGUUUUUGGAAAUGUCUUAAAGCAGCAACUCGAUUAACCAAUGAUGUUGAUGGAUUAAUUAAAACAGCUUUUGAAGAACUUCGACCAUUUCCUAAACCUCAACUAAUUGCAACUCGUCGUGCUUAUCAUUAUGAAAUAUUAAGUAAAAAAAUGUCUAUAAAAAAAGGAUAUUGGCAAAAUGUUAUGAAAGAAUCACCUGAUGAAUUUAUUGAGAAUCAAAAUCACAUUCAAUACAAACGAUCUACUAAAGAAAACCAAGCUGUAAUUCAAGCAAUCACGUUUUAUGAUAAUGAACAUUUGUGGAUUUGUCAUGGUGAUAAAUCAUACAGCCAAAUUUCAGAAGUUGUUGUCACAUCAAACUGUAUGCAAAGUAUCGGUUAUGAAUUGGAAUCUCGUGUCAGUUGUAUAUGUGCAUUUAGUAAUGAAAUUAUUCUACUUGGUAUGAUGUCUAAACAAUUAUGUGCUUAUUCAGUGAUACAAAAUUCGAAAAUUUGGCAAAUUCCAAUUCAUGACAGUGUCAGUGAUUUAACUUUUGCAUACUUUUUACAUGAUCAUACUAAUAAAGUUUAUGCUGGUUUAACAAAUGGUGAAUUAGUUGUUAUUGAAAAUAUUGGCUUUGAAGAACCACGUGAUUCUAUAUAUUACAUUACUAUUAGUUUUAUUCCAAUAUCAUCUGUACUUUUGGCAAAGAAUCAAUUAUGGUGUGCAAGUGGUAGUUCUAUAUUCAUUUUUCAUGCUAAAACCAUGGAUUAUUAUAAACAAAUUAGUAUAUCUAAUAAUCCAUUAGAUGUAAUAUUAAAAAUAUGUCUUGGUGAUAAUGGUGUUUGGAUUGCAGUACGUGGUAGUUCAGUUAUUGAAUUAUGGGAUCCAGAUAGAUUGAUACGUAUACUUUUAUUCAAUAUUGUUAAUGAAACCUAUUUAAGUCGGAGGCCAGAAGAAGAGUAUACAUUUAAUCCUCAACGAGUCACUGUAAUACUUCCCUAUGAUAAUACAUUAUGGAUUGGUACAGGAAUGGGUGAAGUUUUAGUUUAUCAAAUUCAAACUUAUCAAAAAACAGAAAACAGAAAAAGUUUCGAAGGUAAUGUUCAAAUGACCAAACAUAAACGUUCAAUGUCAUUAAAAGAUGAUUUACAACUGAAUGAUAAAACAACAUUGAAAACUUAUCGAAAUCUACACGAUCCAGAACCAUUAUUUUAUCCAUUACGUCAAAAUUCAUUAAUAUUAGAAUAUGCAAUUGAUUCAAGUCAUAUAUAUGAAUUACAAAAAAUUGUACGUAGUAAAGUAGCUGAAACUCCUAUACGUUAUUUAGUUAUGAAAAAAAUUACAGAUAGCCAUGCACUGAUUAUUUCAUGUUCAACAUAUUUCAAUGAUGAUGAUGCUGUACUUAAAUGGCAACGUGAUAUUAAUAAUGGUUCAAUUUGGACAAAUGAACCAAUUUAUGUAUUUGAUCGUGAAAGUCGUUCACUUCGAUUACCAGCUUAUAUGCGUAAUAGUUUAUGCUUACAAAUGCAUAAUAAAAAAUCAAUUAUUAUGAAUUAA